CAAGCCGUUUUCUACGCUAGUGACGUCAGCACCGGUCGGUUGGUCCAAUGUUCAGUAUGUGCGGGGGGAACUAAGAAGUAAUGUUUGCUAAAAUAAUCCAGCUUAAGCUUCGGUUAUCGAAUAUUAUAGAAUUUCUGUUUUAGCAGCAAACCUUCGAACACAAAGCUUUCUAUAACCUGUUUUUUAAGUGAUGAAAAUGCUAUAGUGAUAUAUCCGAGCCUCGCAGCAAGAUUUGAACAGAAGCAGACAAAGGCCACCGGAAACGAGUCCUCAUAGUUACAAUGGCCGGGUAGCGACCGUUUUCAGCCCGUCUCUCUCCCCCCAAAGCAGCUCUUCUCUGUUCUGGUAAAAAAGGGUGCCGUAUUUCUUCGUGGGAGUUUGAAGCAAGUACGAAGGCGACGUUAUUUUACUGAAAAUGCUUCACAGUUUGGACUUUCUACGAGACGCGGUGGUAGAAAAGCGCCCGGACUUCUCGCCCUUCGCCUAACGUUGUUUGUUAGCCAACGCUAGUUAGCUAGCUAGCAUAGCUAACUUCACACAACGCAGAUAUCCGACGCAGUGCCAAGUUUUCAGUUACGGUAAACUCGCUUUUAUGGGUGUUCUUCGUGCUUUAUGCGCCGACAAACCUCACCUACGAAGACUGAGUAUUUUGAGAGGUAUUUUUAAUGUGCGCUGACGUUAUUCUGAAGCCACAAAAUAAGUUCAGUUAGCCGGUUGGCUAAUUUAUUUAGCUAGUGAGGCGGAGCAGACCGCGAGUUAGCCGAACAGCUGAAAUGGAGACGCACGUUUCAAACCUUUUCCCGGAAAUUUUAGCGAUGAUUUUUAGCUACCUGGACGUUAAAGGCAAAGGCAGAGUUGCACAGGUCUGCGUAGCCUGGAGAGACGCGUCCUACCACAAAUCUGUCUGGAGGGGAGUGGAAGCAAAACUUCACCUACGACGAGCCAACCCGUCGUUAUUCCCAAGUCUUCAGACACGAGGAAUCAAAAAAGUGCAAAUACUCAGUCUUAGGCGCAGCCUGAGCUAUGUAAUUCAGGGGAUGCCAAACAUCGAGAGCCUUAAUUUGAGUGGAUGCUACAAUUUAACAGACAAUGGCCUCGGCCACGCGUUUGUGCAGGACAUACCUUGCCUGCGGAUUCUCAAUCUGAGCCUUUGUAAGCAGAUCACGGACUCCAGCCUUGGCAGGAUAGCACAGUAUCUCAAGAACCUGGAGUUUCUGGAACUUGGUGGCUGCAGCAACAUCACCAACACAGGAUUGCUUCUAAUUGCGUGGGGCUUGCACAGGCUGAAGAGCCUGAACCUUCGCAGCUGCAGGCAUGUGUCUGAUGUGGGCAUUGGGCACCUGGCCGGCAUGACCCGCAGUGCAGCUGAGGGCUGCCUCAACUUGGAGCAUCUCACCCUGCAGGACUGUCAGAAACUGACUGACUUGUCUCUCAAGCACAUCUCCAAGGGUUUGAGCAAGCUGAAAGUACUGAACCUCAGCUUCUGUGGUGGGAUUUCGGACGCUGGCAUGAUCCAUCUGUCGCACAUGACGCAGCUGUGGACCCUGAAUCUGCGCUCAUGCGACAAUAUCAGUGACACUGGUAUCAUGCAUCUUUCCAUGGGCUCUCUCAGGUUGUUUGGGUUGGAUGUGUCAUUCUGUGACAAAGUGGGCGACCAGAGCCUGGCCUACAUUGCCCAAGGGCUUUACCAGCUCAAGUCCCUCUCCCUGUGCUCGUGUCACAUCAGUGACGAUGGAAUCAACAGAAUGGUUCGCCAGAUGCAUGAACUUAAAACCCUAAACAUUGGACAGUGUGUGCGCAUUACAGACAAGGGACUUGAGCUCAUCGCCGAUCACUUGACUCAGCUGACUGGGAUCGAUCUGUACGGGUGCACCAAAAUCACUAAAAGGGGACUAGAGCGCAUAACGCAGCUCCCAUGCCUUAAAGUAUUGAACCUGGGUUUGUGGCAGAUGACUGAGGGUGAAAGAGUUAGAUGAUACCUGGUCAGGCAUCACACCUUUGUUUAUACUACUACCUCAUACAAUACUGCCACCUUGUCUUUUUUGUUUUUAUAGAAAUGUGAAGGAACAUUUAGUUGAGUGGCAUGCAAUAAGAACACUGAACAACUUUACAUUGUUUAAAGUAUAUAUUUCUUAAAUGCUUUUUCAUUAGUAAGUGGUUAGUCAAAUGUUUUUAGGCCCUCUUAAGGAGCUUAUAUUCAAUUAUCUGACAUGACUGUACUGACAAGAACAUUUUGUCAAUGCCUUAAAGUAUUAUCCUCAUUCUGAUCUCCAUAAUUGCUCUUAAGGUAAAAAAAAAAGAUUGUAUUCAUUAAGACUGGGGGGGGGGCUUAUUAGUUUGUAUAGGUCCUCCUUAGUAAGAUGAACAUAUGCAAUUUAACUUUGUAAAAAAAAAUAUAGAUAUAUAUAAUAUGUAUAUGAUCAAUUCAUUUGUAAGAUAACGUCUGUUUAUUUUCCUAUGCUGAAUGAUUAAAAUUGUUUUUGACUAUUA